CGAAGCAUAUCCGGGUAGUUCGAGCUUCUCCGCGCCUUUUCGUUUUAAGGAAUAUUUGACCCAAACCGACAGCGACAAUCCUUACAGUAUAAUGAUAUUUUCUAUUAACUCUAUUUAUUUGAGUUUAACUCCAUUCUCCGGAUAAACUAACAGUGAAACAUGCUGCUGCCGUCUGAUGUAGCGAGACUGGUGCUUGGAUACCUGCAGCAGGAAGGCCUGAGUGCCACAAGUCGAGCAUUUAUCGUGGAGAGUCCUAACUUGAGGGAGUAUGCUGAACACAGCUCUGAGGAUGGAGUUAUUCCUGCCUGUGUGUUUUCUCUCUUUGGAAAAAACCUGACCACAAUUCUUAAUGAAUACGUUGCUGCAAAAGCGAAAGAAACAUGUCAAGAGAAUCAAAUACCAGCUGUCAUGACCUCGUUGUGGAAGAAACUGGACUUUACCCUCAACCAAAUCAAAUCUAUGCAAAACUCUCCUGCUGUUCAACAAAUCCAGCGACUCCGCACCCAGAACAGCAUUCAAAACAUGCGGCGUCAGAGGGCCCUAUGUUCACCUCAGACUCCUGUCACUGGGUGCCUGUCAGUGUCUACUCCAGGGAACUGUGUCCCCAGGGUUAUCUCAACCCCUCAGGGCAUCCUGGGACACUCCACCCCUGUGUGCUACACUUCCCAGCAGACAAGACCCUCCACCAUCAGUCUCUCUCAGUCAGAAGAGACACCUUUGCAAAUAAUGGUACCUGACCAGAGAUUUACCCCAGGACCAUUAUCUCCAGCUCGCAGAAAAUGUGACUCUCCAAGGCGAAGAGGCGGUCAGACUGGGACUAGCAGAGGCGUUAUGGUGACCAGCAUGCUCACGGUGGAAUCACAGAGCCAGGAAGCUGUGACGGAGAAUUUAUCUCAAAUGGUGAUUGAGAAUGCUAGAGAAAAGAUUCUGAAUGAUAGAUCUUUACAAGAAAAACUUGCAGAAAAUAUCAACAAAAUCCUUGCCAGCGAUAACAGCCCACAGACAUCGAAGGCAGCGUGCAACACAGUGGAACAAGAGCAGUCCAUAGAUGAAAUACUGGGCCUACAGGGAGAAAUUCAUAUGACUGAUGAUGCCAUCCAGGACAUCCUAGAACAGACCGAGUCAGAUCCUGCCUUCCAAGCUCUCUUUGACCUCUUUGAUUAUGAAACCCCUAGAAAUUCAAUCAUGUGGCAGCAGAGCAAGACAUACAGUCAUGCAGAUACAGGAAAAAGUAAAAUGGCUGACGGUAGUGAGAAUGCUGAUAGGAGUAACAGUGCUCAGGAGAGUGAUGAACCGGGUCCUAUAGACAGUGCUACAGACACAGGGACUGGACAGGAAGAUUCUACUUCAGGUGGAGAAACCACCACAAGAAUACUAAGGAGUAAGAAUGUAAAAGAGGCAAAAAGUAAAAGGAAGACGGCCCCUCCUCUUAGUACAAGCAGGCCAGUUCCAGCAGCCUCUCAGUCAUGUGCAGUUACUGAACAAACAGCAACUCCAAAAGGAGUCACACAAAACAAAAAAGGCUCCACCAAAGCCAGAGGCUCAGUCACCAAGAAGCAGACGAGAAGCUCUUCCUUGAAAGAGCAGUUGAUCAAUAAUCCACAGGCUAAAUCAUCAUCUGAUCCAAGUGCAUCAAGCUCAUCUCUGUCUGAAGAGGGAGUAAGCAUGGAGGUGGAUGAUCCCACUUCUGAUAUGUCUCAGGAAUGCGCUACUGAAGAGACACCACAACAAAUGCUUCAAGAGUUCUCUCAGAAUUCAACCAAUAAUAAUGCUCAAGUUUCCACUAAGCAAGCAGAAACCUCUUCCAAAGCAGGAGCAGACAGAUCAGGGCAUAAAUCUCAAGCAGAGAAGACAGGAAGGACACAGCUGGUUGCAAGCACUUCUGAAGCUUUAGGCCAGGAGGUCAGUCAGCAGACAGAAACAAAUAAGAUUCCUUUACUCAACACAGUAAUGCAGGAAGAGGAGUCAAGCUCCAAUACAACCAAGACCAACAGUCCAGCACCUAGUUCUUUUGAGCCAUUACCUUCUAUUGUAUCUGGGUCUAUAGCUACCACCACUUCUUCUACAGUUCUCGAUCCUUCCCAGUCUCAAACUGCUGAGUCUGACCCUAAUAAAAUAGUAUCUCUUAAGAUCAUCAUCAGUGAUGAGCAGGAGCAGCAGGGCAGUGACUCUGCUUUAAACCAAGCUGUUUCCAGCAUCAGCGGUGAUCGCAUCCCUACAAUCUUCCUUUCUCCCCCAGCUAAAUCUGUAACUAAGGUACUACCCUCUACCCCUGGCUCCUCCAUCACCCCAGAGGAGACCGCACAGGCAGUGAGCAGUUUGCAGGGGGCCGAGUCUGCUGGAAACACAGUCAUAAGUGUACAGAACAAUUUGCAGCCUGCACAGGCACGGCCUAUUGCUCCUGAGACUGGUUUCUUUCAGCUGUUACCUGCUAACCCAACAUUCAGAGGACCAAGCAGCUAUUUUGUUGUGACUGAUCCAAAUUCAGCCAUUGACCAACAUUCCAGUAUGAUGCUGCUUCCAAGUGGUGCAGGAGAAGGAGCAGUGUGUUCUACCCCACACAUUGUGGCUACACCACCUCGACCUCGGACUGUGGUUUCCAUUGCACCAAAUGUAGCUCAGCCCUUCUCACCUGCAUCAGCCAUCAUCAUUUCCUCACCGGUUCAGCCCAUGAUACAGAAUAUGGCAGUUCCAGUGUCUGUUUUAGGACAGAACAAUGCAGGAAAAUUCACUGUAAUACCCAGUCCGAUGUUGGCUUUGCCUGGUCCAAAAUUGGUGAACCAAUCAGCAAAGGUUGUGACAAAACCUAAAUUAGUAACCAAGGACAAUGUAGAACUGGGCAAAACUGCAACAUCUGUUGGUGGGUCCAAUCAAGUCUCAGACAGCUGUCAGGUCUCAGAGCAGCUAAACAGCACUACUGGAGCAAGCCCUAGUCAUCGAAGAAUACUUUGCUUUGAUGAGAACACUAGCCAGACAAGUACAAAUGCAGCUGCUGCUUCUGCUGUUAUGAAGGAGUCCACAAGAACAGAGCGAAUCCUCCCUAGCAUUUUAGGCAAUGCUAAUGCUAAGAGAAGGGUCGAGACCAUAAGAUUAUCAGAACCAAGUCAGAGUACAGGAACAAAGCAACCUGAAAAGACUGCUGCACAUCAGCAGCAAAAAGAGGCUACAAAAAGCACACGGACAGAAAUAAGGACCGAUCGGACUGUCCAUUCCAGCAAAUCCUUAAACAAUGCUGUUCAGCAAAAUCCGUCUGGUAGAUUGGAGUCUAAUCCCACUGAAGGUGAUUCGGCUUCAUUUUCGAAUGCUGAGCCCAGUUUAAAGUCUUCCUCUCAGAACCCCAAGCCCAAGUCUACCAGCAUCACAAAAGACACUUCACGAGAGGAAAAACGUGAACAAAGAACUGGUAAAACACCUGAGAAGCCCUCUGAGAGCAACGUCACACAGGACUCACCUAACGUCGCUGCAAACAAGGAGAAUGAAGUAGAAGGCGUUCAGCAAGAGCUGUGUCAAGGAGCUCCCCCAAUAUUGUCUACAGUAAGAUCUGCUACACCUGCAUCACAGGGCGUUUCAGGGAAGCCAAUAUGCAAAACAAGCCCCCUUACCAAGCAGGCAGUGGAGAUGCUACAGGACAUCCAGAGCCAGAGUCCCAUCUCCACGCCACCCAGGAAGAGAGCCACUGCAGAUGUUCUUCUUCCAAAAACGCCUGUCCCUGGUCGUCUCCAAGAGGACUUAGUGGAUGGUUUGAGGACACCCUUAAGGCAAAGACACGGGCGUGAAGUGGAGGGCACACCCAAACACCUGGUUCCUCCUGCUACACCUGACCUACCAACAUGCAGCCCAGCCAGCGAGGCAGGGAGCGAGAACAGCAUCAACAUGGCUGCUCAUACACUCAUGAUCCUGUCACGUGCAGCCAGGACAGGCGGGCCAUUAAAAGACAGCUUGCGACAGGAGGAGGCUGGUGCGGCUAAAUCGAGCGCUUCCAAAGGAAAGAAGCGCAAGCACACUGAACCGAGCCCUACACCAAAAAAAGAACUCCACCUCACUAGUUCAUCAGGGAGUAAGAAGAAAGCUAAGAAGCAGAAGAAGCUUCUUGAUUCGUUUCCACACGACCUGGAUGUCGACAAGUUCUUGUCAUCGUUGCAUUAUGAUGAAUGAGGAUCAGUUCCAGAAUAAACGCAAAUGGAGCAAUGAGAAAGUAAACACCAAGAGAGAACACAAGAACAAUAUACUCCAACUAUUUCUCAUGCUUCAUAUUAUAGAUUUGUAUAGUUGUAUAUGUGUAAUUCUUACUGUCCUGGGGAGAGUUAUUAUAUAUAUAAAAAAAAAAAGAUUAGUUAUUGUAUAGCCAGAUACAUUUUGAAGUUCAUUUCAAUAUAGUAACAUUAAGAUGUAUAAUUUAUAUUAAUUACUUCAUUUUACUGCCAGUUCCGCAGCAUUGUACAGUAGAUCAAAUGCACAUGUGAUAGUUUUGUUAAAAGAAAUUUUACCAACAGAAUCUGUUUUGAAGUUCUUUUGAAAUUUCUUUGGAGAUUUUCUUAACCAAAUAGAAUCGAUAAAUAAGGGAAAUCUCUACAUCUGAGCAGCAGCUCAGUGCAUAAAAGCAUGCAGACAAGGUGUGAGCUUCAGGAAGUGUUCUUAUCAUAUAUCUAAAUGUGGAAAAAGCUGACGUCAUUGACUUGGCAACGACGUUGUUGGCAGAUAGACUGGUUUGAGUUUUUUCCACAAACUGUUGAUCUACCAUGGAUUCUGACACAGCAGUCUCUAGAGCUUACACAGAAAAAUAUGAGAAACAUUCAGUGUGUGUACAUUCUGUGGGCUGAAGCAUCUUGAAGACAUGAAAACUCAACGGAGAACAGCCAGGCUGGUUCAAGAUAGAUGAGUCUAGAAUGACUCUUUACAUCAGUGGUGAGCAGAAAAAUAUAUCAUGCACAUCACAUCUUAAUGUGGAUAGGUUACACUCCAAUCAGCCAUUGGAAAUCAGAGGCUGGUGGCUGGAUUGGGCACAUGCUCACAGAAAUGGCAGAUAAAGUUGGGGAAAAAUGUAACCUGGUGUGGUGAAUCUUGUGACAUGUAGAUGGUAUGAUAAAAUUUGGCUGCUGCUGGUGUAAAAUUGGGGAAUGUUUUCUUGACAUUAUAGCCAAACAUUACUCACCUUAUUAGCAAGUAUAUAACAAGUAUUCUGAAACUGGUCCUUGAACAUAAUGAGUUCAGAGUACUCCAUUGGCCUCCAUACAGCAUCUUUGUGAUGUGGUAAAAUGGGAGAUUUGCAGCAGUUAUGCGAUGAAGUCAUGUCAACACGGCUCUGAAAGGAAUGUUGCAACACCUUGUGGAAUCCACGCCAUGGAGAAUUGAGACCGUCAUGAGAGCCUAGUCCUAAUGGCUGGUGAAUAUCCUACUGUAUUAGAAGUGUUUUACUUAUAAUAAAUGUUUUAGUAUUAAAAGAAUACAAAAAGAGGAAUCAGCAGGGUACUUCCAGUGCUGUAGUGAAAUCAUUGACGCAGUUUAUUUUGAGCAGCUUCAGGCAAGUGAAGUUUCAGCACAGCUAAAAAAAAAAAUAGCACAUGCAAAUAGCGUUUGACCUUCUUCCUCUUGAAAUCUGUGGUGCACUUCACAGUUCUGCAGCUUAGCACAGGAACAAAAGAACAGACCAUAAUUUAAAAAAUAAUUAACAAGGAACUGAAAUAAAAAAUAUCUCCCUAAUUUGAUGUUUUAUGUCAACAUUAUAUAAGGCUUUCUGCAAUAUUUUAUGCAUUGAGCUGCUACCACAUGAUUGGUUGAUUGGAUAGUUUCAAGAAUGUUCAGGCUGUGCUUAAUAAAGAGGGCUGUACAGCCUGUGAAGCAAAGUCAUGUGCCAACCAAACCCUGAUACUAGCAUUAACUUAAGGAUUUGUGGUUACCUUUACCACACAACUAACACAGCGUCUUGGAUGUUAUAUGGUUUGUUUCAAGUAUUUCAAGUUUUAGAGACUGACGAAAGCACUUUGGUCUUCUUCACUGAUUUUGGAAUUUACAUGUGGUUAUACAUCGUGAGAACUUUUAGUAUAAAAUUGGUGUACACUGUAUUGCCUUCAGCAUAAAGGCGACGCAGGAUAGAUGACAGGCUUUGAUCUAUCAUAACUUGUGUGCAAUAGUCAUUGGCAGGCAGUCUUAUAGAACCAAUAUUUUAGGUCAAAAUCCAAUUUUAUUUCAUAAAAUUAUGAAAUAUGAAUAUAUUACAUUCAUGAAUAUUAAGAGAAAAGCUCAAAACAGACAUACUCAGGGCUGCCAGAGCAGAUGUGGAAAUAAACAGAUUUAUAUUUAUCAUGACUCUUGGUAAAUGACAUGGGUAAUUACUCAGUAUUUAGUAAGCAGCAUGAUGAAACAACAGCCAACCAUGUAUGGAAGUCUGUAGACUACUUUUUAACAAUACGAAAUCUCUCCUCUGACCACCAAA